AUGAGGUUUUUAUUGGCUUUCAGAAAAAUCCCAGCACCACUUCUUCUUCGUUUCUUGAGAAACAAUAAACCCUUUUGUUCACAGUCUCGAUUUCCCAAACAAUCUGAGAGUCCAAGUCAAUUCUACGGAUCCUCUUCUCAAAUCACCUCUGAACUGCAUCCAUUGACUGCAAAGCCUGAACAGGAGGACGACGCGAAUGUAAUUGACGUUCUUCUGAAUCGCAGGGGCAACCCAAUAUCCGCUCUUAAGUUCUACAUUUGGGCUAGACCACGGCCUCGAAGUUUUGAAGACGAUGACGCCUUCUGGGUACUCAUUCAUAUUCUGGUCGCUUCUCCUAAGACCUACGGCCGCGCAAACGAGUUGCUCAUACGGUACGUCGCUUCCAGCAAUCCAACGGCAAUGCCAAGCGUAAUGGUCAGUAAAUUUGUGGAUUCGGCGAAAUCAUUUGGGUUUCAAGUCAAUUCACGAGCUUUUAACUACUUCUUGAAUGCUUACAUCAAAGAGAGGAAAACGGAUUUUGCUGUAGAUUGCAUCAAUCUAAUGAUAGAACUAGGCGUGAUUCCAUUUGCUCGUUAUGUAAACAGCACCUUAACUGCUUUGAUUCGGAGGAAUUCGAUAAGUGAAGCUCAUGAACUGUAUAGCAAGCUGCUUGCCAUAGGUUUUGCUGGUGACAUUGUCACAACGCACGUGUUAAUGCGGGCGAGGUUGAGAGAAGGAAAGCCUGAGAAGGCUUUGGAGCUUUUUAGCAGAGCUAUCGAGAGAGGAGUAGAACCGGAUGCGUUACUUUACAGCAUCGCUGUUCAGGCUUGCUGCAAGACGCUCAAUUUGGUUAUGGCUUUUGAGUUGUUGAGAGAGAUGAAGGAGAGGAAGGUGUGCGUGCCGUCGCAGGAGACUUAUACGUCUGUGAUUGUGGCUUCGGUGAAGCAAGGGAACAUGGAGGAGGCGGUUAGGUUGAAGGAUGAGAUGGUGAUUGAUGGGAUACCGAUGAAUGUCAUUGCUGCAACGAGCCUGAUCAAGGGACACUGCGAGAACAAUGACUUGGGUAGUGCUUUGGAUAUGUUUCGUAAGAUGGAAGCGGAAGGCCCGUCUCCGAACCGCGUUACGCUUGCUGUGCUGAUAGAGUGGUUUAGCAAGAACGGGGAGAUGGGAAAGGCGGUUGAGUUUUACGAGAAGAUGGAAAGGUUAGGUGUUACUCCUUCGGUCUUUGAUGUUCAUUCGAUCAUCCGAGGGUGUUUGAGAGAUGGGAAAACGGAAGCGGCGGUGAAACUCUUUGACGAGUCCUUUGAUUCCGGUCUUGCAAACAUUUUCAUAUGUAACAGUGUGUUGUCCUGGUUAUGCAAGCAAGAGAAGAUAGAUGAAGCCACAGAGUUGUUGAGCAAGAUGGAAAGUAGAGGUAUUGAACCUAAUGUAGUUUCGUACAAUAAUGUUAUGUUUGCCCUCUGCAGAAGGAAGAACAUGGACUUGGCUCGUACUGUUUCUUCAAAUAUGCUGGGGAAGGGUAUUAAGCCGAGCAACCACACGUAUUCAAUUUUGAUCGAUGGGUAUUUCAAGAAUCAUGAUGAAGAGAACGCUUGGAAAGUCUACGAGCAAAUGACUUGUUCCGGUAUUGAAGUCAAUGAGGUCACAUACCAAACGUUUAUCAAUGGUUUAUGCAAAGUUGGUAAGACGUUUAAAGCAAGAGAUAUGCUGGCAAAUCUGAUGAAAGAAAAGCGGUUUUGUGUUAGUUGCAUGAGUUACAAUAGCAUCAUAGAUGGGUUUAUCAAAGAGGGGGAUGUGGAUUCUGCGGUUGAAGCUUACCGAGAGAUGUGUGGCAAUGGUAUUUCCCCAAACGUCGUAACGUAUACCAGCAUGAUGGAUGGGUUAUGCAAAAACAACAGAAUGGAUCAAGCACUGGAGAUGAGGAACGAAAUGGAGAACAAAGGUAUUAAACUCGACAUUACAGCUUACGGUGCUCUUAUCGAUGGGUGCUGCAAAAAGCGUGACAUGGAAAGUGCAUCUGCUCUGUUCUCUCAACUCCUUGAAGAAGGGCUGACUCCGAACGUGGCUGUUUACAACAGCAUGAUUUCUGGAUACCGUAACCUUGGAAACAUGGGAGCAGCGCUUGUUUUGCACGAGAAAAUGUUGAGAGUCGGUCUAAGAUGUAAUCUGCUCACGUACACAACACUGAUUGAUGGAUUGCUGAAAGAAGGGAAUUUCAUCCUCGCCUCUAAUUUGUACACAGAAAUGCAGGCAGCGGGUAUUGUCGCUGAUGAAGUCAUGUGCACGGUAACUGUAAACGGUCUUAGCAAGAAUGUACUGUUUGUGGAAGUGGUUGAGAUGUUUGAGGAGAUGAAGAAGAAAGAUGUGACACCAAAUGUUUUUAUCUACAACGCGGUGAUUGCAGGACAUUUUAAAGAAGGGAAUCUCGACGAGGCUUUUGGACUACAUGAUGAGAUGCUUGACAAGGGUCUUGUACCUGAUGGAGUUACAUUUGAUAUUCUCGUGAAUGGGAAAGUCGGAAAAUCUCAACCUAUUGGUGUAGCAAGUUUGUAG